AACUUAAUCACACGUUUUUAUAAAAUUUCUACAAUAAUUGUACUUCCACUAAAAUCUCUAGUGGAAGUGUCUCGCUAUACACUGCGUGCGCGAUUCCGAGAGAGAGAGCGACAAGGCGAGAGCUGCGAAGGCGAAGAACAUCACCACCAGAUGCCGCUCAAGAACACCGGCGCCAUCAAAGCUCUCUGCUCCAUCCCUUCGCUCUUCCUCUCCCUCGCCCUCGUCACCAUCCUCCUCUCCUCCCUCUUCUUCCUCCGCUCCGCCACCCCUCCUCCCCCCCUUCCCUCCUCCUCCUCUGCUUCUUCUUCCUCUUCUCCAUCGCCCUUCGGCGACCGCAUCAGAGUCCACGUCGCGGAGCUCCCCAGAUCCCUCAACUAUGGCCUCCUUGACAGCUACUGGUCCUCGCCCCACGCCGACUCCAGGGUCCCUGCCGACCCGGACCGCCGAUCCGGGCCGACCCAUCUGCGGGGACCCGGCGGUUACCCGCCGUACCCCGAGAACCCGCUGAUCGAGCAGUACAGCGCCGAGUACUGGAUCUUGGGCGAUCUCGAGACGCCGCGGGAGUCGAGGGGCGGGUCUUUCGCGGAGAGGGUCGGGAGGUGGGAGGAGGCGGACGUGGUUUUCGUGCCCUUCUUCGCGACCCUGAGCGCGGAGAUGCAGCUCGGGAGGGACAAGGGGAGGUUCAGGAAGAAGGAGGGGAACGAGGAUUACGGGAGGCAGAGGGAGGUGGUGGAUCUCGUGAGGAGCUCCGAGGCGUGGAGGCGGUCGGGGGGGCGGGAUCACGUGUUCGUUCUCACUGACCCAGUUGCAAUGUGGCAUGUGAGGGAUGAGAUCGCCCCGGCUAUUCUCCUUGUGGUGGAUUUUGGUGGAUGGUACAGGCUCGACUCUAAGUCUUCAGAUGGUAGCUCGUCUGAUAUGGUACACCACACGCAAGUUUCGCUGCUCAAGGAUGUUAUUGUGCCGUACACCCACCUACUUCCUAGGUUACAUCUAUCGGAAAAUCAGAAACGCCAAACCCUUCUUUACUUUAAAGGGGCUAAGCAUAGGCAUCGGGGCGGCAUAGUUCGAGAGAAGCUGUGGGACUUGCUGGUCGAGGUGCCCGGUGUGAUCAUGGAAGAAGGCUUCCCUAAUGCCACUGGGAGAGAGCAGUCCAUUAGAGGGAUGAGAACUUCUGAAUUCUGCUUGCAUCCUGCUGGGGAUACACCAACUUCCUGCCGACUUUUUGAUGCCAUACAAAGUCUUUGUAUUCCUGUCAUCGUCAGCGACAACAUUGAACUCCCAUUCGAAGGGAUAUUGGAUUAUUCAGACUUUUCUGUUUUUGUGGCUACCGCAGAUGCCUUGAGGCCAAACUGGCUCGUAAACCAUCUCAGAAGCUUUUCUGAAGAGCAAAAGGAUAAAUUUCGUCGAAACAUGGCGAAAGUGCAGUCAAAUUUUGAGUACAAUAGUGGCCAUCCGGGUGGUAUUGGACCUAUCCCUCCAGAUGGUGCGGUGAACUAUAUUUGGAAAAAGGUGCAUCAAAAAUUGCCGGCGAUCAAAGAAGCCAUCAUCCGGGAGAGAAGAAAGCCACCUGGGGUUUCAAUCCUGCUUCGGUGCCAUUGUACCUAAAGAGUAUUUCCGAUUUAUUUAUUCUUGCCUUGUUUUAAAUUUCACGAGAGAAAUGGGUUUAACACAAUUCUGAUAAGUUGCAUAGUUUGAAGAUGAUUGAUCUGUAUUACCGAUUGCUAUUGAAAAUCAAGCAAGUAAAGUUUUUUGGAGUUC